UUCAAGUGUGAUGCUGACUGUCCAGAGUUAGGGCAGGCUGCACAGUAUAGGCAUUCAGUCACCCAAAACUGUCCCUCACUUCAGACAUAGUUGGAAGUCCCAAGCCAUUCAAACUUCUUACUAACUGGCUAUUAGUUAGGGAUUCCAUCACCCCCUCCUUAAGAUUGCUCACUGCUGGAAUGGAUUACAGAACUCAGGAAAGUGCCUUACUUACUAUUCCUGGUUUAAGAUUAUGCAUGCAACUCAGGAACGGCCAAAGGGAAGAGCUGCACGUAUGUAAUAAGGGGCAAGGAGCCUUUGUGACAAGGUCCCAGCUCUAUGAUGAGGGCCUGGGUUUAGGCCCCAAGUGCACCCCCAGGACUCAGUUGCUCAAGAGCAGCUGUGCGAUUCAGACCAUGGAGAAUUAUCUCUUGUCUCUGAAGAGCGCUGUGGCUUGUGGGCUGAGCUUCAGCUGCAGUGGCUGGGUGACGGAUACCAUCUUCAUCUUCCUGUGUGGGUGGGGACUCUACUUCCUGCUACUUGCCUGCCUCCAGAGUACUCCAUCCUUACCACCACCUCGGAGGGACAGAAACUCCAGGAAGAAGAGCAUUUUGGAUUGUUGGCUGGACUGCAGCUUCAAUUGCUGGGUGACGGACACCAUAUUCGUCUUCCUGUGUGGGCUGGGGCUCUUCUUUCUGAUACUUCCCUGCUUCAAGAAUGAUCCAUCCUUACCAACACCGAGGAAAGACAGAAACAUCAGGAAGCAUCAAAAGGAACUGAAGGCAAGGGAUAGAAGCAGAGAGAUACGUCCAGUUUUGAAAGGUGUCAGAGAUUUCCUCCGAGAGCUGGAAGAGGCUCGAAAGCUGAUUUUACUUCUGCAAUGUCACCUAAGGAUUCAUCCUGAAAAGGGCUACUGAUCACGACCCCCUGGGUGAGGUGUGAAAAGAAGCACCUGCCAGAGUCCACCAGCCUCCAGGGAAAUCUGUGGAAGAUGCUACUACUGCCGUGUCCCUGUCAUCUUCUCCGACCAACCACUCCUUACCUCUGUCCUUCACCCACUCACCAGGACCCAUGUUUUCCUCACUUUCUGUUAGUGCAGAGCCAUACCAGACUGCCUCUGAGUCUCUUCUCUGGAGAGCCUUUGCCUCCAUCCACCUGCUCCGUCAUCUCACCCCUUAGUACCCCCUGGUUCAGAGGCCUGGCCUCCAUCUCCAAUGGCCUCCACUGGCCGCCCAUCUCCAGGCUCCAGCCUGACUUUUCCUCAGUAUGACUUGCUGUCGCUGCCAAUGGGCACUGCUCCAUAUUCUUCUCCCCAUAUCCCUUGGACACAGUCUCCCAUCUAAACCACCUCAGGCCUAGGACACUCAACCCGUCCUUUUACAUCUGUGUCCUGGUGGGAUUCCAGAGGUGAAAAUACCUUGAGACUCUCAGACUCAUCAUAUCCUGAGUUUCAGAGAGGACCCCUUCCUAGCCCACCACCAGGGGCCCUAUUCUAGGCAGACACUAGAAACUGACAGGUAGGGGCGGGUAGCCCGAUUUUUAUCAACCCUGACCUCAGGAAGCUACUGAAUAUCUAAUCCACAAGAGAGUACAGCUGAAAGUUGGGGAGGAGAGAAGAGGCAGAGGGGUCAGACAGUCACCCAAAUUCUUUGGGGAAUAUGUUCAAGUUGCUGGAUGACACAGAGGAUAUCUUGGGUGGCCCACCAUUCUGGAGCAUGAAAGACAGACCAGAGAAGAUGCUAGGUGCUAGAAAGCCACCAUGUCCUAAGAUUUUGGGGUGCCACUUACAGAAUAAGUGCAGUCAGCUCCCUUGGGGUCUCCCUUGGGGUCUCCCUCUAAAGGCCCCUCUCAGGGUCUCUGGAUCCCCAGAACUUUCCUCUGUCCUGUUGGGACAACUGUCUAAUGUCUUACCCAUGCAAAUUUAAGAAGUAGCAGAAGUUGAUUCAGAUCUUUCACUUGCCCAUCCCUUGGUCCAGUCCCCUGUGGUCCAACCCCAACACUUGACUCCUUCUGCAACCCAGUCAUGGGGUGUACCCCAGUCCCAUGUCACACCCUCUUUCCCAAACCUACCAAUUUCAUGACCAGCUCAGAGUGGUUACUGUGGAGUAUGUAGCCUUGCGGCCCAAGAUAGGUCACCAUACUUCAUGCAAACAGCAAUUCAAAACUUGCAAUGUCACCUCUUGCUGAAGCAGCUAGAAAGCAGGACUUCAGCCUCAGUGUAUAAAAAUGACAAGAAGCCCCCAGCAAAGUAACCCCCAUCAUCUCCCAGGAUUUGGGUUCUCCCAGGCCAAUGAACAUUGUCAAAAAGGAUAAUGAAGCCCUUAACCACCUAUUCCUAGAAGUAUGCAAAAAAUAUCCUGUGAGCCUAUUUCGUCAGGAAGUUCAGGCAGAUUCCAGGAGGUCAGGUCCCUUUGGAUGGCCAUUGCUGCAGACUGGGAAGCAGCCAUGCCUUGUACAUUCCCAGACAGUCUGGGGCUUGCAAGGAGCUUGAAUAUCUACACUCCACCAACCAGGAACCCAACAAGAACACCACCCUGGAGUUGUCUGUGCUUGGCCCACUCUCUCGAAACUUGCUGGGAGCACUAAUAAGAAGGCUUUGGGUGAAGCACAGGAGAUUCUUACCCCUCAAAAUACUUAAUUUCCUCAAGCUCUUCAAGUUGAAAAAAGUUCGACCCUCACCCCUUCCGCAAUCUGUUUUUUCCAGCUCAGCCACCUGUGUGCUGGGGACUGGCUCAAAAGGCACUUUAAUCAAGACCUUGGGAAUCCCACCCUGAGGGCCUUUGGGGGAGCUUGACAAUAAAAAUGUCAUCCCCACCCCCCACCCCGGUGACUUGCUUCUCAGCCACCUCACCUGCCAGUGAGGACUCCCAGAAGGCUCAGGCAGGGUCCCCACGUGGUGAUAGCCAUGGUGCCUCAGAGGCCCCUGCUAUUGGACAGGAAAGAAGGGCACUUUCUCAGGCCUUCAAACAGCCCUUGGUAGGCAGGCACUGGCCCAGACAGAAUGUCCUAGGGGAUAAGGGAGGCAGCUGAGAGGCAAGCCCAACUUCAGUAAUGGCCACAGAUGAGCCAAGGGAGGAGAGUGAGGGUCGCACCUCACCUUACUCCUACCAGAGCGUGACAACAGUGGACCUCACAAUAGGGCCCCAAUCUGCAGAGGUCAGAAAGCAACUGCCAGACAAAGAGCUCAAAGAGGUCCCUAAUGUAGAAGGAACCUUUGAAUCCAGUCACUGAAGAAGUCACCUAUGUACCCACCUCCACAGCAGGGGAUCCAGGAAGAGCCCCACACCUCCUAAAAUUUCUGUUACAGCACAUGCAAAAAAGCCAUGUUUAGAGUUGUGUUUUGGGGAGGUUGAACACCAGUGGUGGACAGUGUCCCAGAACCAGUCUCCAGGCCAUGUCUCUGCUGUGCUGCUUCUGGGCUGUGCCACUGAUGGCCUUCUUCAAGUCUACCAGGCUGAUGUGUUCCAUGCAGCAGAUGUCUUGGCUUCUCAGAGAUCAUCCAUUUUCCAGAGGGCAACCACUGGAGACCCACCACCUCCCUGGGGCCUGAAUGACUUCUCAUCCAGCGGAGAGACUAGCCAUUUGCAACAUGAGACUAUGGAACCAGAAACAGAGCCAGGGCCAGAUGUGUGCACCCACUUAUGAAGCAACACAUCCCAAGAGGUCCCAAGAAGAAGUAAAGUUGGAAGGACAGCAGUCUUCUGAAGCAGGGAGAUGAGACACCCUCUUCUGGAUGAGGGCAGAGAGCCCCCGAGAAGCAAGCCCUGCCAUCUCCCCCAGAAGAUGGGCACCUCAAGAAAGUCCCAUCGGGAAAUGAUGAGCAACUUUCUGCAGUGGGUCUUCCCCAGCAAAGACAAAAUGCUGGAAGAUGCCCAGAAAACUGACAAGCCUGUGACCUCCCCCUCCAGCUCCUCAGACCAUCCAGAAGCAGGCCAGGCUCCAUGAUGACUGUUGGACACAUCCUGGAGGAGAAAAUGGCCCAUCACCAAAGUCAUCCUCCCUCUGAGAGACUCCAGGGCCUAGAGGGUGAGCAUUUCUCCUGCAACAAAGCUCUCUCCUAUCAGAGCAAAGGAGAGGGAUGAGCAACAGCCCCUAUGCUCAACAAGGCAGCUCUCAGGGCCACAGCUGCCCUAACAGGAGUGAGUGGAGAAGAAACAGGGAGGUGCCACCCAAGGUUCCAGGCCCCCAGCCAGACACUGCCAGCACAGGUCCAGGGUGCCUGGGGCCUCGGGCCACCACCCCUAAGUGCCAAAGCACUAUGUCCAUCAACAUCACACUUCUCCCAGCUUUCCCACUGGGACACCUUCCUCCAGGGACAGACGCACACCAUGCAUGCAUCGGAGGUUACACGUGUGAGCACAUCUGCAUGGUAAAGUUGUUUUAACAUCCCAAUAUUUGUUUGUCCAAAUACAUGUUUGAUUCCCUGAGAAGCGGUGGUGGCCCCCGUCUGUGGGGAUGGGCAGGGGUCAGGUUCCCUCUUCUGAGGGCCCACUUUGACUUAAUGGGUUGGCAUUGUGGAGGGAGACUGACCACUUUGCAGCAUCCCUGUCCUCACCGUGGGCCCUUGGCGCACGCUAGGAUUCCAUAUCACUCUACUGAAAGAGCAGAGGAAAGUAGGUAGGCGUUCACAAAAUGAACGAGUUUCUUAAGACCCAGGCCAGGAGCUGACUCAGCCGUUGUCUCCUGCUUUCUGUCUGCCUGAACUGGUGCUGUUCUAGGGGAUGGGUGUGCACAGGCUAAAAUUCCCCUCAGUCCUCAGUCAGUGUGGGAGACAGCUGUAUGGCAUGCAAGGUGCUGGCUCUGAGCCCAGAAUUGGGAGACUCCUACCCCCAUCUCUCUGUGAGAAUAGAUGGCAACUGGUAGGGGCCUCCUUCUGUCCCUGAUGACAAUGAUUGAGGAUUUUUAAUUUUUUUUUAAUUUUAUAUAUUUUUUACAUCAUUUUUCAUUUUUGUACAAUGUAUGCAUUUUUAUCUUAGUUAUAGUCCCCAUACAAUUCCCACCCCUCCUUGUUUUGAUCCUACUCCCUCCUCCCCACCCCCAACUCCCCAUAGUGUGUCUCUGGUUUAUAGUUGCUUGUUGAUUUUGAUUUUUACUUUAUUAUAAUUAGUCUGUGAUUGAAGGUUUGAGGCAGGGGUGUGGUGGGAGUGCGGGGAGGUGCUGAGUUCUGUGUUCACCCACUCCAGAGGAGGGAUUGACCCUCCUGAGCAGUGGAUCAGGGAUGAGACUAUGCCCUGUGUGUGGCAUCACUGUGAACAGAGUGGGAGGUGGGGUGAGGAAGCAAGGUGUCCCGGGGCGGCCCUGAAACAGUGGGAUGACACAGCCCCAGCAUUCUACCGCCUGCUACAAGUAGAGAGGGAAGGAAACAUUAGGGUUAAGUGAUUAAAUGAUCCCCCAGGGUUCCCACAAAGGCCAUCACCAAAGCGCAGAACAGAUGAGCCACCUGCAGCUUCUCAAAGGAGGUCAGGUUCCCAGAGGAGCAAAGCGCUCAAGCAGGGAAGGUUCACAUCCCUCUCAAAGGACCUCUAAGAAGUCUGAAAGGGACUGGGGAGCUCAGGAAGGACUUACGGGGUCUCACUCCCCACCAAGGAUGGCUCCCAGAGAACAGGGGAGGCAUUGGUGGCUGAGGGACUGGCCUGGGAUCCCAUGCUAAGUAUCUCUGGGCUUCCAGUCUGCUUGCUUCAGAGACUAGUGUGGAAAGACAGGACCUGUCACAACAGGCCUGAGGCAUCUGUCCAAAUGGGCGCAGGUAAGGGUGAUGCUGCGCUGUUGCUACACUGGUCCAGUUCCUUCCUAACCGCCUGUGCUCCUAGAUGCUGGAAACACAUAGAACUCUCCUGCAGUGUCACGUGCACGGGGCAGUGGGCACAGCUCACGGCUUGACUCCUCAGUUGGGGUCCCUUCCAGGAGUUUCCUCAUCCCAUGAGGGGGAUCAGCCUGCCUGCCCCCAGCACCUGUGAGUGACCCUCAUGUGGGACCUGAACCCAGGGUACCGGGCAGACAGGAUACAGAGCAGCUGUGGCCAGUUUCUCCCUGAAGCCUGUGUCUGGGCCCCUCCUGGGCAGACACCCACACAGAGACCCCUGCAGACACACACCAAGCCCUGUCCCAGGCCUGCACGGAGACCCCAGGCAGAGGCUCCCACACGCAGCCCUCCACAAGAGCCUGCUCACAGACCUGGCACAACCUCAUGGACCUUCUCCGGGUGCCUGAGCAUCCUCCACUGGCAGGUCCUUCACAGAGGGUGGACUCAGCCAGCUGCCAACACAGGAGGAGGAUCAGUGACCCCGUGUCCCCCACCCCAAGACCUCAAGACACUCAGACUGUUACAGGGGGAGGGGCAUGCUUCCUUCCUUCUCAGUCUCCUCUGCAGCUUCUUCUCUUCCUGCUCAGCUUCACCCUCCAUUUGGGUGGUGCAGAGAACCUGGAACCUCCCCCUUUUCUGGGGACUACCCUGUUACAAGACCCCAUAGGUGUUGCUCCACCUGACACCCCCUGCUUGGCGCUUAUCAUUGUUGUCCUUUUGUCAUGCAUUGGGUCUGAUCAGAAAGAUUAUGUAUUUGACGUGUAUGCUUGUGAAAACCUUCCAGUUUUUCUAUCCCACACUUUAGAGAAUCACAGAUUUUCAACAUAAUUAAAAUGCUGCCAGCACCCAGUAAGAGAAAAUACUGCAUUUGUCCAGUUUUCACUAUCAUCCAAAUGGGGUCAAUGUUACAUUUCUUUAAUUCACGGGAAGCCAGAUCUGACCUGAAGGAAGCUGACUCCCUUCUUUCGAUAAUAAGGUAACAUCUGCUGCUUCAAAUAAGCUCUAGAAAUAAAAUAAACCAAUAGCGGCAUCUGCAGUUCUCCUGCCUCCCAGAAAGCUGUGCAGCUUGCACGUUCUUUUGUGUCUAAAUGAUUAUGUCAGGCUUGUGGUCUUUGUUUUACUUUUAAAUAAAUGACCUAAUACCACACCUAAAGUUUUGGAAAUAAAAGAGAACAAACCUAAAUUUAUUAGAAGGAAGAAAACAAAAAAUAAGGGCAGAAAUAAAUAAAAUAGAAAGAUUAUAAAAAGAUCAAUGAAACUGAUUCUUCAAGAAGUUAAACAAAAUAGAUAAACCCCUAUCUAUGUUAACAUAGAAGAGAGUAAACAUUAAUAAACAGAAUAAAAAAUAUGAGAGGUGAAAUCUCAAUAGAUAGCACAUUAAUAUAAAAUAUAGUGAGAUUACUAUUAACAACUUUAUAGCAACAAAUUCAAUAACAUAAAGAAAUGGACCAAUUUCUAGGUCAAUAUAGUUUAUCAAGACUAAUCCAUGAAGAAACAGAUGAGUUGAACAUGGAAAUUACAAGUAUGGAAAUUAAAACAGCAAUGAGAAAUCUUGCCCCAAAUAAAAGACCAGGACCAGGUAGCUUUACAGCUGAAUGUUAUCAAGUCUUUAAAGAAAAACUAAUGCCUAUCUUUUUCAAAUUGCUUUCAAACAUAGAAGAAGCAUGCAAAAACCCUAAUAGGCUUUAUAAUGUCCAUAUUGCCCUGCCCUGGCACAGAAAUCACAUAAAUAUUGUCCAGGAAAUGUAUGACCAUUGAUGCAAAAGUUUUCAGCAAAAUACUAGCAAAUGAAUUUAACAAUAUAUCAUGAAGAUAAUGUAUCAUAAUGAAGUGGGAUUAAUCCCAGGACAGCAACAGUACCCGAUAUAUGUAUAUCAAGCAAUAUGAUACAGCAUAGCAACAAAAGAUUAAAAGCACAUGAUAAUAUCAAUAGGUUCAGAGCAAGAAUUUAUAAGAUUCAGCACACAUUUAAGAUGAAAACUCAAAAAAAGGGAACAGAAGGAACAUGCCUCAAAAUAAUUAAGACCAUACAUUACAAACCAACAACCAACUCAGUGAUUGAAAGAUUUCCCCUUAAGAUCACACACAAGGGCCUCCAAGGUGGCGCAGCG